AUGACUAGUGUGAUCGAUGGAACUACACAAAUCAAUGGAGCCACAACUACCUACACACAGAAUGCGUCAACCUUUAUUUGGAGCACAUAUACGGACUAUAAAUCUGGAGAGACAGUUACACUUGGAGGUUCAGCCACAGUGGUUAGUGGCACAACUUUAGCCCCUACUACGACUACUAUCACGCCCCAUCCCUAUCCAACAGCAGUCGCAUCUACCACCGACCGAGUCUUGAACACCGCUCUAACCUCUUGGACUCCGGGAAAACCGUUAAACCUAGUACAACUAGUACUUCAAGCCGCGGCUCACCAUGUAAGUCUACUCUAUUCUGUUUAUAAGAAGUUUACUCACUCGUAUUUCAAAGGCUUCCCUUUUUGCUUUUCAAAUUGCCCAAUUUGUUUUCCUGGUUUCGGCAUCGAUACGAGUAGCAGUGGUAGUGACAGUAGUGGCGGCGGUAGCGAUGACGACGAUGGAGAUGGGAGCAGCUCCUCUAGCAAGACUUCUACUUCUACAUCUACCUCCACUGAGGAGAGUACACAGACAGCCGCCGGCGGUGCCGAUUUCACUCUAUGUGAUUUUCCCACCACGGUAGCAGCGAGCAGUGAUUUGGAUGCUCUUAGUUCCUCGCUGAGCUCAGACUGUAUGCAUAUGCGGCUAUUACUAGCACCAGCACCACAACAAAGUCAACCACAGCAUCCAGUGCUACAUCUACCACACCUACUAUCUAUCAGUAUACAGGUGAUGAAUGUGACGACCCUCUUGAAGAAAUUUUUGAGCUUGAUCUUGAUAGCUGUCAUUCUAUAUCUUCUACUAUAA